AUGUCGCGCUUUCUAACUGCUCGCAAGGACGACUUCCUUACUCAGGAUCUCAUCAACACCUUACCUUCCCAGAUUUCGCUUUGUCAGUUCUCCGACAGUGAUGCGGUUAAAGCGCCAUGCCUUGUAGAGGAGCUCGCACCCAUGACUUUGGGUGUGUCCCUGCAGCUUUCGGAGGAUGCAAGCAUCGAUGCUAUCGCGCUUGCUACUGUGAACUGUGUAUAUCUUAUCACGGUUACCUGUAGUGAUGCUUCACCAAAUGCCUCUCUUCAGCGUCUCCUCCAACACGAAAGCUAUCCACUGGCUGGGUUCGGAAUGGAACAACUCGCGUUGCUGCUUUAUCGCCACGGAUCUGACUGCAGAGGCAUCGACCUUGGUACCGCACUAGCGUCUGACGGAAGAGGGUCAUGGUCGCCGUCAAUGUCCGUCUACAAGCUAUUAGAUGAUGAAGUCGACAGGCACAGAAUCAAUGAAGUUUGGUAUCGCACCAACAGGGAGAACACUUGUCUCCGUGCCUGGUUCAGUGCAAACUUGGCCGCACGCGGUAGCAACAUCGAGCAUGCAUUGAAAGUCGACACUCGUCGGUUGAACGAGGAACAGCUGGAUGUCCUCGGUCGUCUACUUGUCAACGUCAUCCUUUUGACUGCCCAGAAGCCGCUGGAGAUGGAAAACGAGCACGAACGGUUAGUGAAGAAUGAGUAUGGACAACUCGAGUUGCAAAGCGCACGAUUCAAGACGAGGGUCCGGAGGAGCGAAGAGACGUCCAUCGUUAUUCGCGACAAAAGCGGCAGAACCAUAUACGGGCGAGCGACCAAUGCGUCCGGAAAGACCACUCAUAUCGAGAUCUCACGAGGGACUUACCGCGGCGAAGUAGAGAGCAUCCACGUAGUAGGCAGAGAGGAGCCCACGAAUGCCGAGCGUGCACGCGACGAGUUCAUUCUUCGCCUGCUACGUGGUCAGGUCUACCUCGAUUCUCGCUUCAUCGAUGUUUUCUGGUUUCCUGGUCCGAGUAUUAUGGCUGACGUUAGGCUAGCGAAUACCUCAGCCUCAAAUAGCCAUCUCGAACAUGUCCAACUAAAUGAGUCUCAAAGAACGGUCACCAAUGCAAUGGUGCUUGGAAGCCAGUCUGUUAUCAUCACGCAUGGGCCUCCCGGCACUGGAAAGACGAAGACCAUCUCAACAGCUGUGGAGUUCUGGGAUCAGCGUGGUAGUCCAGUAUGGGUGAUUGCGCAGUCGAAUGUAGGCGUAAAGAACAUAGCCGAGAGCUUCUUCAAGCAUGAUAUCAAUUUCAAGCUUCUCGUUUCGAAGGAGUUCCAUUUCGAAUGGCAUGAGUACCUCUAUGAGCGUUUUCAAGAGGUCCUCAUUCGUUCGGACGACCUGUCCGGAAACAAGGACCCUGGAGCAGCAGAACGGUUGUUCGGAGGAUGCUCCGUGGUUCUGUGUACCCUCAGCAUGUUGUCGAACCCAGUGCUGGAGGAUCGCCUCAUAUUCAAGUUAAUUCCUAUGGAGAAACUCAUCGCUGAUGAGGCGUCCCAAAUUGAUGUAUUCGAGUUCAUGCAUCUUUUCCAUAAGUUCAAAGAGUUGCGGAAGAUAUGCUUUUUUGGAGAUCCCAAGCAACUCCCUCCCUUCGGCAAGGAAGCGGCACCUGGUUUACAGACCGUUUUCGAUCUCAAGCAUCUUCGGCAGCAUGCAUACUUUCUUGAUACCCAGUACCGUAUGCCUGUGCCGCUUGGCGACUUCAUUUCUCAGCAGUUCUACAGCUCUAAGUUGAGAUCGGCCCAUUCCAUUCAGGAAAUGUCGUGUGUGGCCUUUGUCGAUGUCCGGCGGGGUGAAGAGGAGCAGAAAGGCCGGAGCUGGGUGAACAUGGAGGAAGUCCAUGUUGUAGCAAACCUUGUCCGGCAUUACUAUCGAAAUCUGGAUUUUUGCAUCAUCACGCCCUACGACUCACAGAGAUCUGCCAUCGCGAAGCAACUUCAGGCUGAAGAACUCCCUUGGCAAUGCGUAUACAACGUUGACAGCUUCCAGGGUACGCUGACUGUGGUUCUGGCGCGGCUCAUUUGCUGA